AAUUGAUUUGAUUUUUCCUUUUCUGCUUUAAACCUCAGUUUUUUUUUUCAAUUUCAAAGCAAUUCAAUUUUUACCAAUGAGCUCUGCCACUGAAGCCGCUGCUCCCGAAGCGCAGCUUGCCUCGCUUUCCAUCAGCGACCCUAUUUCCACUGAGCCUCAAGCCGUUGACAACAACAAUGACUCUGACAGCGAAGCCGAGACAAACACUAAGAAGAACAAGGGAAAGAAGAAGAAGAGCAAAGGACCUGGAGCCUCCGCGCAAACCUCGCCGCCCAGCAUCCCUGUCUCGCAACUCUUCCUCAACAACAGCUACCCGGUAGGUGAGCUGCAAGAGUACCGUGACGACAAUCUCUUCCGCACAACUAGCGAGGAGAUGCGGGCCAAGGACCGGCUUAAUGAGAAGCAGCUUUUUGACCUGCGCCGUGCGGCGGAGGUACACCGCGAGGUCCGGCAGUAUGCACAGUCAGUGAUUCGGCCCGGGAUGGACCUGGCGGAUAUUGCGGAGCUGAUUGAGAACGGUACGCGCACGCUGGUACAGGAGCAAGGGAUGGCGGCUGGUGUCGGGUUUCCGACAGGUCUGUCGCUGAAUAACUGUGCGGCACAUUACACGCCAAAUAAGGGCGACCAUGUGAUAAUCCAACAGGACGACGUGCUCAAGGUUGAUAUCGGCGUCCAAGUUAAUGGUAAUAUUGUUGACUCAGCCUUCACCAUGGCGUGGAACGACCGGUAUAAGCCGCUGCUGGAUGCCGUGAAGGAUGCGACAAACACGGGAAUUCGCGAGGCCGGCAUUGAUGUAAGACUGGGUGAUGUGGGUGCCGCGAUCCAAGAGGUUAUGGAGUCCUACGAGAUCGAGCUUGAUGGCAAAGUUAUUCCGAUCAAGCCUGUGCGCAAUCUCUGCGGACACAACAUCGGCCCGUACGUCAUCCACAGCGGCAAGUCUGUGCCAAUCGUGGCGAACGGUGACCCCACGCGCAUGGAGGAGGGCGAGCUUUUUGCUAUCGAGACCUUCGGCACCACUGGAAAAGGCACUGUGUUCGAGAAGGGUAUCUGCAGCCAUUAUUCGCGCACGGUGGAUGCGCGCAGGUCGCAGUCGGCGUCAGGAAAUAAGCUGCUGAGCGUUAUUGGGAAGAACUUUGGCUCACUGCCGUUCUGCCGCAGGUUCUUGGAUCGCCUGGGCGAGUCGCACUAUUACUUGGGUCUGAAGAACCUGGUUGACGAGGGAAUUGUCACCGCAUACCCGCCGCUGUGGGAUGUUGAGGGUUCGUAUACCGCGCAGUUUGAACACACCCUUAUCCUGCGUCCCAAUAUCAAGGAGGUUCUGUCGCGCGGUGACGACUUCUGAUCAGGCGGAUGAAAUAAAGAGAUCAAAUUGGAUAACCCUAUUUUUUCCACCUUUCUCUUUAUUUUUAUUUUUAUUUAUUAUUUUGUGCGCAGCAAAAAAUAUA